AUCAUUUCUUCUCUACAAUCUAAAGUAAUGAAUCAAAUUUUAACAAGAAUAUUGUUUUGAGAUAUAUAGUUAAUCUAGUUACUACUGAGACCAAUCAGCUAAAAAAUCCUUCCGAGUCUCCUUACAUAAACAUCUCAAUCUCAACGCUUCAUUUAUCAAAAAGAAACCUCCUCCGGGAUCCAAAACAAUGUACUCUUCAUAUUCUCUAUCCAAACGCCUAGUUUCUAUCCCUAUCUUGGCUAUACAACUCCUUCUCAUACGCAGCGUCUCGUCACUGAACCUUACCAAUGACUAUCUUAACCACAAAUGCCUCGUCAGUCAAGGGAAAUAUAGGCCUGGAGAUAAGUACGAGGACAACCUCAACUUUCUCACCCGUGAAGUCUUAUCCUAUAAUUUUCCGGAUGGUUUCAUACACAUCUCUUAUGGCGAAGCACCCAGUUUCGUCGCCGUCAUAUUACAGUGCCGCGGCGACUCCUACGACUCCAAGUGCCUCUCCUGCUAUGCCACCGCCCUUUCCGGGCUUCGUAGGAGAUGUCAGAGGAACAAAGGAAGAGUAAUAUGGUACGAUCAAUGUUUUCUCUUCAUUAAUUCGAUCAAAUCAUCCCCGAGGAAGAACGAUUACAGGAAUGCUUUCUCUAUGCACAACCCAAACAACAUGAUCAAGGACACGGAAUUGUUCAACAAGAAAACGAGGGAUUUCCUCUACGAGCUCAUGUUGGAAGCCACUACACCCAACAGGACAAUGAUGCUUUACGCAGCAGGGGAGAAGAAGCUAGGGACAAAGAAAUUGUAUGCAAUGGUGCAGUGUGCGCAAGACAUAUUGCGAUGUAAGGGUUGUUUGGAAUGGAGUAUCAAUGAGCUUUCCAAGUGCUGCCACAGUAAACAAGGAGCAAGAGUUUUGGGAACAGAGUGUACUCUUAGGUAUGAGCUAUACCCUUUUCUUAGGGGUUGAAAGGUUGUUUGAUCAUGAUGAUGUAGAAGACAAUCUCUUGACAGCUUUCCAAUUUUGUUUGGUUUUGUUUUCUUAAUUCUGUUUUAUUUUUGGUUUUGUAAGUCAAAUCUUUUUUUGGUCUGAAACAAUUAA